CCGCCUUGUCGAGUUAACAAAAUAUUCUCGCAUUUGACGCAGUGCGUUAAUUUUGCAAUAAAAAAAACCUUAUAUUCUUUUGAAAAAAGACGAUAAAUUGAUAAAUAGAGAGAAGAAUUUCACGAACGACGAAAAUAAUAACAAAAUAAUAGGAAAAAACACAAAAAUAAUAACCGUAAGUGCUUUUUCGACGGUGGUUAAAAUCCGCAACUUUAUAAACCCGUGUUGCGAGAUUUUUAGAGACUUGACAUUGGAACGGCCAUUUUGGCUUGUUGUUUCCUUUAAUCGAGUGCUUCAAAAACAGCAUCGACACCCAUCCGUUUUAAGGACGUUAAAGAAGCACUUAAAAUAUUUUCAAGAUGAUGACCGAAACACAUAUGAAUUCCAAUCAUAUGCUAAAUUCUGGUUUGGGUCCAAAAACAGAUCUAACAAAAAUGGAUGAUGCGGGUUGGAAAGCGAAGCUUAAAAUCCCACCGAAGGAUGCACGAAUAAAAACAAGUGAUGUAACAGACACACGUGGCAACGAGUUCGAGGAGUUUUGCCUGAAACGAGAAUUAUUGAUGGGAAUUUUUGAAAAAGGCUGGGAAAAGCCUUCUCCAAUUCAAGAAGCCAGCAUUCCCAUUGCACUCUCCGGCAAAGACAUAUUGGCGCGUGCCAAAAACGGAACAGGCAAAACUGGAGCAUAUUCUAUUCCUGUUCUCGAACAGGUUGACGCAAAGAGAGAUGUGAUACAGGCGUUAGUAAUUGUGCCCACCAGAGAGUUGGCAUUACAGACUUCACAAAUAUUGAUCGAGCUUGCAAAGCAUUUGGAUAUUAAGGUGAUGGUUACCACUGGUGGAACAAACUUGCGUGAUGAUAUUAUGAGGAUUUAUCAGAAAGUGCAAGUUAUCAUAGCCACACCAGGUAGAAUUCUUGAUCUCAUCGAUCAAAAUGUUGCAAACAUGGAUCACUGCAAGAUUCUCGUGUUAGACGAAGCUGACAAACUUCUGUCUCAAGACUUUAAAGGAAUGCUGGAUCACGUGAUCUCGAGAUUACCGCAGAGACGUCAAAUAUUGCUUUAUUCGGCCACAUUUCCUCUGACGGUGAAGCAAUUCAUGGAAAAACAUUUGAAAGAUCCAUAUGAGAUUAAUUUGAUGGAAGAGCUGACUCUAAAGGGUGUGACACAAUAUUAUGCUUUUGUACAGGAGCGACAGAAAGUCCACUGCCUUAACACGUUAUUUUCCAAGCUGCAAAUAAAUCAGAGUAUAAUAUUCUGCAAUACGACACAGCGCGUGGAAUUACUGGCAAAGAAAAUUACAGAUUUAGGAUAUUGUUGUUAUUAUAUCCACGCAAAAAUGGCUCAGGCUCAUCGUAACCGCGUUUUCCACGAUUUCCGCGCAGGACUGUGCCGAAAUUUGGUUUGCAGUGAUUUAUUCACGCGAGGAAUUGACGUGCAAGCAGUGAAUGUUGUGAUCAAUUUUGAUUUCCCGAAAAUGGCAGAGACGUAUCUGCAUCGUAUCGGCCGCUCUGGAAGGUUCGGUCAUUUAGGUAUUGCAAUUAAUCUAAUCACAUAUGAGGAUCGUUUCAAUCUUCAUCGUAUCGAGCAAGAACUUGGCACUGAAAUAAAACCAAUUCCAAAAGUUAUCGAUCCAAGUUUGUACGUCUCGCGACCAGAGGACAAUAAUAGUUUGGAAGAGGGCAACGUGUCAAAGUAGUUUCCAUAAAUCGCUUUUUAUUAUCGCUCAAAAAAAAAAAAAAAGAGGAAGGAAUGAAAAGGAAGAAAUGGUGAGUGUAGAAGAAAAAGAAGAAAAAAAGGAUGAAAUUUUCAAAAGUGUGAUUUUUUUUCGAAAAAGAAACGAGAAAGUGAUAUUGAAACUUAAACAAAAUUGAAAAAAUAAAAACUGUGAACAAGUGAAGUUUCAAUUUACUAAAGUCUGAUGAAGAUUUUAUUUACAAAAAAAAAAUAAAUAAAUAAAUAAUGUGCAUUGAAAGUGUAUAAUGGAGAAUAAAAUAAUAGUAAUAGAAAGUGAAAUAAGGAACAGUGCUACACAAACAAUUUUAGAUAAAACAGGUUUGCACGCGAAGAAACUAUGAAAAUACAUAAUAAUUAUCCUCGAGACUAUAUAUGGACAAAAAACAAAUGGUUUACUUGUAAAUAAGGUAUACUGAGCAUGAAAUAAUCAUUCGCUAAGCGCUCGGUAAACUCAGUGAAUGAAGUGAUUUGAGUGCCAGUGCGAGUCAUUCUUUGUAUAUAAAAAAAAAUUAUAUCUUUAAGUGUACAUAACGCUAAUUUACAGAAUCAAGCCAUAAUCACAUCAACUAGCAAAAAAGAAAAAUUCACAAAAAUCCCUCAAAAGUCGAAUACUUUCAUCUCAUUUUACCGAAAAUGUAAAUACAUUUCAUGUCAUUUUCAAACAAAAACAAAUUUUUAUACCAAUAUUCUAUCAUUCUCAACAGUUUUCGUUUUUUUAGUUCCAUUUUUACAACUCGAAAUUCGGAGUUUAAGAAAAAAGAAGAUAAAAACUCGCUAUUAAUCGGUGUAUAGAAAAAACAAACGUAAUUAACUCCAAAUCGAGAUUUGUAAUGUAUAAACGUUCUUUAUUAUUUUUUUUUUUUAAAUCGAUUUUGGCUUGAUUUUGUAUCAAUUCUUUACUGUCAUACAACUCUGGAAUUCAAAUCACCAAUUUUUCGAAAAUGAAUUUUUUUUCCCCGUUUUUUAAUAGUAAUUUUCUUUUUCUUUUUUUAUUUUAAGUUUUCAUAAUGUGAUUGGAUUUUUUAUGAUAAUGUGAUUGAAUCUCAGAUGUUGUAAAAUUGACUAGUUUUAUACAAUUAUUUUUAUAAAUAAUCUGGCUGGUGGAUGUAAAAUAAUAAAAUAGGGGAAAAAAAUGUUUUUCGUGAAAAAGUAAUCGAGAAAUCUUUUUUUUUUACACCAAAAAAAAAUGGUUCUUUUCUUAUAGAAAAGAAAUCUCAAUCGCAAUUAUUUCAAUUUCGACAAAUUUUUUUUUUUUAAUAAUCAUAAACAUGUAUUAAAAAAAAAUAUCGUGUGAUUAAAACGAAAUUGAGAGAAAAGAAACCAAAAAAAGCGAAAACGAAAAAGUUUUCGAAAAAAGUGAAUAUUAAAUUAGGAAAUAUUUCUCUAUUCCUUUGAGAAACAUUUUUUCUAUUCUCACAUUCAAAAGAACGGAAAUUUCGCAAAAACUGUAUUUGCAAUUUGAUAUUACAAUUAUGUAUGAAAUGUAUAGAAAUGAAAAACAAAUUUUUUCAAUAUUCGUUUGAAAAAAAAAACCAUCAGCCAAUGUGACCUAGAUUUAUGAAAAAAAAAUUUCGUAAUACACAGUAAACAAAAAAAAAAAAAAUCAAGAAUUUCGUAAUCGAAGAAAGAUUUUUUCUUUACGAAAUCUUCGUUUCAACGACAAACGGUUUACAAUGCGAUUGUAUUAAUUAUUUAAAAAAAAGCAAAACAAGUUUAAAUGAAUUUGUGCGUUUGUUGAAACUUACCAAGAGAAUUUUUUUUGUUUUUCUCAAACAAAAAAUGAAGAAAAUUAAACGAAAGCAUUUUUAUGAGACUAAAAAUUCAAUUCAUCGAUGAAAAACCUGAACUCUUGGUAUGUUUUCGAAAGAGGAAAAAAAAUGUAUGAGUCAAAAUCGGUGCGUUUGGUUGUGUGAAUGUUUGGCGGGUCCAUUGAUAGUAAAGAAAAAAAAUUUCCGAAUGAAAUUUGUAAAUACUUA